AGUCUUCCCUUUACUCAGUGAGACUUCAUCAAAAUGUCUCUCUAUCCUUCCCUAGAAGAUCUGAAGGUGGACAAAGUUAUUCAGGCUCAGACUGCCUUUUCUUCAAAUCCAGCUAAUCCAGCAAUCUUGUCUGAAGCUUCUGCUGCAAUUCCUCAUGAUGGAGGGUUGUACCCCAGAUUGUAUCCAGAACUUUCUCAGUAUAUGGGCCUGAGCCUCAAUGAGGAAGAGGUGCAGAGAAACUUACCAGUGGCAGCAGCUGCUCAGUCACAGGGUCAACUGGUAACACGACCUUCUACUAAUUACAUGGUAGCUCCAGUGACUGGAAAUGAUAUUGGAAUUCGCAGAGCGGAAAUUAAGCAAGGAAUCCGUGAAGCAAUUCUGUGUAAAGAUCAAGAUGGCAAAAUUGGACUUCGCCUGAAGUCUGUUGACAAUGGUAUAUUUGUCCAGUUAGUUCAGGCCAACUCCCCAGCAUCCCUUGCUGGUCUGCGGUUUGGGGACCAAGUUCUGCAAAUCAAUGGUGAAAACUGUGCAGGAUGGAGUUCUGAUAAAGCACACAAAGUUCUGAAACAAGCUUCUGCAGAAAGGAUUUCAAUGAUCAUCCGGGACAGACCUUUUGAACGAAUCAUUACUAUGCAUAAGGACAGCACAGGGCAUGUUGGCUUCAUAUUCAAGAAUGGAAAAAUAACCUCAAUAGUGAAAGAUAGUUCUGCUGCAAGAAAUGGACUUCUUACAGAGCACAACAUCUGUGAAAUUAAUGGCCAGAAUGUAAUUGGAUUGAAGGACCCUCAGAUUGCAGACAUCUUGGCAACAGCUGGAAAUGUAGUGACCAUUACUGUCAUGCCUUCCAGUAUUUAUGAGUAUAUAAUAAAGAGGAUGGCAACUAGCAUCAUGAAAAGCCUGAUGGACCACUCUGUUCCUGAAGUCUAAACUUGUACCAUGGAUGUGUGUGUACAUAUAUAAAAUGAUGAUUCCACUAAACUUGGGCUAUUAUACUCAGUGAUUUCUUUCUUCUGCACAUGAGCCUUUCUGAAGGCUGAGAGAAGAUAUGCUGCAUCAAGCAUUUGCAUCUUUAAUGGCUGGGAAUGUCACCAUUCAACAUAUCUCGUUUAUUCACAAACUGUACAACUUGUAGCCUUAUAUGCUUGACAAAUGUGAAAUUCCAGUUGUGUUAUGACUUCUUUUCGUAGGUCUCUUAUUUAGCUUACUACUACUAUAAGCCAUUGCACCUAAAGGAACCAGGUAUCACUUGCAAAGGUACGUGUUGUUACCCAGGACAAUGCUGUACUUUGCAUGUCUCAGACAAAUGAGUAUUUUUACUGCUUUUUGUUCGCAAGAGUAGAUUUUAAGUAGUGUAUUAGAAGUAUGGUUAGUACUAGUUAAUUUUUU